AUGGCUUCCGAGGCCACCGUUUCCGUCAAUGUUGACGAGCUUCGUGCAUCCAAAGAUGCUAUCCUGGGACGAUUGAUGGGACUUCACACCUACAUCGCCGACCUGAGCAAGGCCUAUCUGGACCAUGCCAACAAUGUGAUGAACGGCGAGUCUGCCACUAUCGACCUCCCUGCCGUCCCCGCGGCUUUGUCGGGUUUCAAUUUCGACCUUGGCCUGCACCCUACAAGCCCCGGGGCCAAGUCUGAAGCUGGCGGCCCCAAGAAGCGCAAGCGCGCGCCCGCUGAUCCCAAUGCGCCCAAGCGGGCCCUGACCCCCUACUUCCUGUACAUGCAGCACAACCGCAAGAGCAUUGCUGCUGACCUGGGUGACAAUGCGCGCCCCAAGGAGGUUGCGGACGAGGGCACCCGCCGCUGGCAGAAGAUGUCCGAUAGUGAGCGCGAGAUCUACAAGCAGAUGUAUGCUGAGAACUUCGAGGUGUACAAGAAGGAGAUGGCCGCCUACAAAGCCAACAAGGACGCGGCCAAUGAUCCCGCUGCCAACCAGCUGCAACAGGACUUUGCCGGCGCUGGCAACGAGCACCACUCUGAUGACGAGACCUCAUCCUCCGAGUCCGAGGAAGACAAGCGCCGCAAGAGCGAGUCCAAGAAGGAGGUGGCCGAGUCCCCCGCGAAGCAGGCCUCCCCUGUGAAGAAGCGCGGCGGCAAGAAGGAAACUGCGCCUGCGGAGCCUGCCUCGGCUAAGGCCACCCCGGCCGACAACAAGCGCAAGGCCAAAAAGCGCAAGAGCGAGGCAUGA